GUCUAUCCCUCUCAUGCUCUUACCCAUCUGGACUCCAUUGACCUGUGAUUGGUCCGGUGGUAUCUGCGCCAGGAUCCUGUAAGUUGUGAGGGGCAAUCUCUAUGGAUCAGACUUGUUUUUCAAGCACAUGUGGUGAUGGAUCAGACUGAGACCUCGGGAAUUUAGAGGCCAAGUCACCACCUGGAUCUUUUUGUCUUGUUCCUCAUUUUUAACCAUGUUUUUCAGUGUGGUUGGGGCAUUAUCCUGCUGAAAGUUGCCACAGCCAUUAGGGGAUCCCACUGCCAUGAAGGGGGGACUUGUUCUAUGCAAUGGUUUGGUACAUGUCACAGUAACCAACACAUGAUGCCAAGAUCCAAGGUUUCCAGCAGAGCAUUGCCCAACAUGUUGUACCUGCCAGCUUGUCUUCUGAUAGGGCAUCCUGGUGCCAUCUCUUCUCCAGUACACAGGGCCUGACCCCAGUGAGUCUCCCAUGUCACGAUAUGACAGGAAGCAGCCCACCCGGAACCACCAGUCCAAUCCCUGCUGCCUGUGCUGGUGUUGCUGCUGCAGCUGUUCCUGGAAUGAAGAUCGGAACAGACGCCGGAGAUUAUCACGAGACACCAAGCUGGAGGCUGUACCUCACUGCGAGGUGUGCUCAAAACCAUCUUCAGAAGAGAUCUACAGCUGGUCUCAUUCAUUCGAGAAGCUGAUGAAGAAUCCAGCCGGUCGCAACGUGUUUCGGGAGUUUCUCCGCACGGAGUACAGCGAGGAGAAUAUGCUGUUUUGGCUGGCAUGUGAGGAGCUGAAAAAAGACAACAGCAAGCACAACAUUGAGGAGAAGGCGCGCAUGAUCUACGAGGAUUAUGUCUCCAUCCUGUCUCCAAAAGAGGUCAGCCUGGAUUCUCGGGUCAGGGAGGUGAUAAACAGACGGAUGCAGGAGCCCUCCACUCACACGUUUGAUGACGCUCAGUUGCAGAUUUACACCCUGAUGCACAGAGACUCCUAUCCACGAUUCCUCAACUCGGGCAUUUACAAAUCCCUACUGCAGAACAUUUCACGCUCCAGUUCGGAGUCGUAGGUCCCAAGCGCUCCAGGGGCUGCAGAGACAACAUUUUAUACAAGCUGUUGGGAGCAAGAAGAGGAUGUUAGAGGGGCAGACUUCCUCCAGUCACUUUACCAGCGCCAUCUUGCCUCAGAGUACGGAGUGACAUGGAGCCUCCGCUCCCACAGCUUGGAGAGAUAUGAAUGCCGCCUUCACCUCACACCUCUCCCGACCUCCCUCCCCCCCUCUGCUCACUGUAGAUUGUGCAGGAAGACAUAAGGGUUUUAGGUACUGUAUGGGGGGAGCUUACCUCAGGACGUAAAUACUACUGAACUCCCCAGGGGGGUCCUGAGAGGACAAGAGUCCCAAUAUUUCAUAUAUUGAUGCCUUUCUUGACGGGAAGGGCUAAGCAAUGGAGCUUGGGAAAGGGGAGGGUUAAUGUGUUUUAUGAGCUCCGGCCUUUGCAUUUUUAAUACUGGAAGGAAUGUAGAUGAUGAACUGCCCCGGCACCCCCUCCUUGUACAGUGUCUGCAAUGUCAGAGAGUUAUUUAAAGGGGGAGGUACGAUUUUAUUCAAUUAUUGGGGAUUCCUGAGAGGUUUGAUUUUACAUUUCUGAAUGCGGGGGAGGGGAAGGGGGUGUUAGGUUCAUUCCAGUGUGGUGGACAUUUGGGGAGGGUGGGAUAAAUUCUCCUGCUUUUAAUGCAUAUACAUUAUAUUACACAUGAUAUGAUUGCCAACAUCAUGCAAAGAGGGAGGGGGCGUCUGUUUACAGUGUGGAAAUGAUAAAGCCCCCACCCCCCAUGUAAAACUGAUACUUUGCCCAUUUGUGGAGAGAGCGGAAUCGGCCUCUAUGGAACAUUUCAAUGGGGUUUGUAUCAGGUUUGGGGGGGAGGAGGGUUAUUGUCUCCCCCUACUGGCCAAAACUUCCUGAAGCUACCAAAUACUCCAGCACUCCUCGAGCAGAUGUGAUGUCACCGUCUAACAGUGUUACUUUUCUUUCAACACCUCCAUGAAAAUUUUAAGACUUUUUAUAAAAUUAUAUGUGCAAAUAUAUAUUAUAUCUAUAUAAUGUGAUGUGGCGAAUGUUUUAUAUAAGCCUUUGUUGUGUAAUCCUUAAUAGCAGCAGUCUCCAGCUAUUGUGAGACUACAGGUCCCAGCAUGUCCUGACAACCUGGAGAGGCACAUUGUUUUUCAUGAACAUGUUA